GUUCAUUGGCCACACUGGUCACCAGCUGAAAACACAAAAACCGAUCGUACAGCAUAAAUUUAGCUCGAAAAUGGACUAAACAAAGACAGCGAUCCGGAAUCCGAGCGGAAACAUAGUCUGCAUGAACUAUCUAACGAUCCUGCUGUGCAACCGAAAACCGACGAUGCUCUCGCGCCGGAACAAGGAGAAGUCCCAGCACAAGGAGGGCGUGGUGGGGAAGUACAUGAAGAAGGACACCCCACCGGAUAUUUCGGUGAUCAAUGUGUGGAGCGAUCAGCGGGCCAAGAAGAAAUCGCUGCAGCGCUGUGCGAGCACCUCGCCCAGCUGCGAGUUCCAUCCGCGCAGCUCGAGCACCAGUCGGAACACCUACUCCUGCACGGACUCGCAGCCGGACUACUACCAUGCUCGACGAGCACAGAGCCAGAUGCCCCUGCAGCAGCACUCCCACUCGCAUCCUCACUCUCUGCCCCACCCCUCCCAUCCGCAUGUGCGUAGUCAUCCUCCCCUGCCGCCCCACCAGUUCCGCGCCAGCAGCAAUCAGUUGAGUCAGAACAGCAGCAACUACGUUAAUUUCGAGCAGAUCGAGCGGAUGCGCCGUCAGCAGUCGUCGCCACUGCUGCAGACCACAUCAUCGCCGGCGCCGGGAGCCGGAGGAUUCCAGCGCAGCUACUCCACCACCCAGCGGCAGCAUCAUCCCCAUCUGGGUGGUGACAGCUACGAUGCAGAUCAGGGCCUGCUAAGCGCCUCCUAUGCCAACAUGUUGCAACUGCCCCAGCGGCCACACUCGCCCGCUCACUACGCCGUCCCGCCGCAGCAGCAGCAGCAUCCACAGAUUCAUCAACAGCACGCCUCGACGCCGUUUGGCUCCACGCUGCGGUUCGAUCGAGCUGCCAUGUCCAUCAGGGAGCGACAGCCCAGGUAUCAGCCAACUAGCUCUCCGAUGCAGCAGCAACAACAACAACAACAACAGCAGCAGCAGCAGCUGCAGCACACACAACUGGCAGCUCACCUGGGCGGCAGCUACUCCAGCGAUUCGUACCCGAUCUACGAGAAUCCGUCCCGCGUCAUCUCGAUGCGCGCCACGCAGUCGCAGCGAUCGGAGUCGCCCAUCUACAGCAAUACGACGGCCUCGUCGGCCACGCUGGCCGUGGUUCCGCAGCAUCAUCAUCAGGGUCACCUGGCGGUGCCAUCUGGAAGCGGGGGAGGAUCCCUGAGCGGCAGCGGUCGUGGUGGCAGUUCUGGCAGUGUUCGCGGCGCCUCUACCUCAGUGCAAUCACUGUACGUCCCACCGCGAACUCCGCCCAGUGCGGUUGCCGGAGCGGGAGGCAGUGCCAAUGGGUCGCUGCAGAAGGUACCAUCACAGCAAUCGCUCACGGAGCCCGAGGAGCUGCCUCUGCCGCCCGGCUGGGCCACUCAGUACACGCUACACGGUCGGAAAUACUAUAUUGAUCACAAUGCGCAUACCACGCACUGGAAUCAUCCGUUGGAGCGCGAAGGUCUGCCGGUGGGCUGGCGGCGGGUGGUGUCCAAGAUGCAUGGCACCUACUAUGAGAACCAGUAUACCGGGCAGAGCCAACGUCAGCAUCCAUGCUUGACCUCCUACUAUGUCUACACGACGUCUGCGGAGCCACCGAAAGCGAUUCGACCAGAGGCGUCGCUCUAUGCCCCACCCACGCACACUCACAAUGCACUGGUGCCGGCCAAUCCCUAUCUGCUCGAGGAGAUCCCCAAGUGGUUGGCCGUCUACUCGGAGGCGGACUCGUCCAAGGACCACCUGCUGCAGUUCAACAUGUUUAGCCUGCCGGAGCUGGAGGGCUUCGACAGCAUGCUGGUGCGGCUCUUCAAGCAGGAACUGGGCACCAUCGUGGGCUUCUACGAGCGCUACCGUCGCGCUUUGAUACUCGAGAAGAAUCGACGCGCCGGCCAGAACCAGAACCAAAACCAGUGACCCGGUGACCAGGUGACGACUGACUCAGACCACAUACUCGCCAGCAGCUAUAUGCACAUCAUAGUGCUCCUGUAAUCGACCUUUAACUUAUUUAACCAUCGACUCAUCGCGAAAUCAGUGCCUUAUACGAAACCAGACGAGAUGGUAGCCAAGCAGAUCCAUGACAGUUCGAAUGCCUUGAUGAAACGUAGAAUUGUGCUACGUUCUAUAUAACCUUAAUGUGAUUUGAGCUUGGCGUUUGUUUGUAAUGUGAGCAAAGAAAAUUAAACUGGUUUACUGAUCAUCUU